UUUGUCAAAUUCCAUUUUUGAUAGUUGAUACUAAUUUCGUCAUUGUAGUUGUAGUGUGUAGGUACGAUUUAUCCUUGAUUGUGUAAAGUUAUAAUAAUAUUUUUUUAUGGAUUAUUAAUAGACAAAAUCCUUUUAGUUAAAAUUUAAAAGAUCCAUUACAUAGCAUUAGCGAUGGCGGAGACAGGUUUUCCGGGACAGCAUACCACUACCACAACCGUGACUUCAAACACCACGGUGCAGACUAAUAUAAGAUUUGAUCCUUCUUAUGUGAGGUCCAUCCCCGGGAUACUUAAAGUAGUUCAAGUGGUGUUCAGUCUGCUGGGUUUCAUCUGCAUUCAAUUCUCUCACUUCAACAACGCGAGCAAGGGUCUGUUCUUCAGCUGGAUAUCGAUGAUCGCGUUCUGGUUCACCGGCAUCCUGCUGGGCUUCUACCUGUUCCACAUCGUGGAGAAGUUCUACAAGAUCCCGUGGUUGAAGAUCGAGCUGCUGUUCACGGCGCUGUGGACGUUCCUCUACCUUCUGGCUGCCGUGCUCGCCGUCACCGUACACGACAACCCCCACGCGGCAGCAGCGUUCUUUGGUUUCUCCUGUACAUUGGCGUACUGUGUGGAUGCUUACCUCAAAUGGAGAGCAGCUCGGGCCGGGGGGCUGGCUCAGGGCACGAGGGUCGUCUCCAAACAGACCACCGUCACCAGGGAAGGAUAUUAAAACUAACAUGCACCUAACAUUACACUAUCAUAGUUUGACUAACACAUGACACUAGUGUAAUACGGUCCACAUCUGAAUCUUCAAUUCGAGCUUAGUGACAAUUUUGUUGAAUAAACUUUUCUAAUGCAUUAUAUUAAUUUUAAAUGCACACCAAACUAUUGAAUGUCAUACAUGUUCUGUAAGUCUUGUAAAUUAUCAUAUUUUUAUCAGUUGCUGAACGUGUUACAUGUCCCUACACACUACUUUGUGUCAAUACAAGCUAACAUCCUUUGUAUUAUUAUAUAAUAUUUGUUAUUCUCUUUACAUGUCAUAACAUAGGAAGAGACGAGCACGGGACACCAACACUAUGGUGUGUGUCACUGCUCUACUCAUGUUAUUAAGUAUUUUUUAUAUAUUCACAAUCAGAGUUAAUUUAGUUUUAAGUAAACCUGUGUACUUAACCUCUCUAGUUAUAGGUAGUAUGUUAAGUUCAGUUUGUGUUCAAUACUUUAUCGUUGACGGAUCAUGUGAUGUUACCCUUUGUUUGUUUGUUCAUAUACAGGGAAAGCUCAAGCUGUACAUGUUUAUCGUAAUGUUUGUUCCUCAAUGUUAUUUUUUAUUGUUAGCCAACAUUGCUUAUAGUUUUAAUAUUUUCUAUGAACGUAACGAUGUAUUUCUCAGUUCAUUUUGUUAUGUAGUUAUUGUUAAGUAGAACUGUUAGUCGCACAAGCACCAAAGUGCCUUUAAAGGUUAACAAAAUAUAUAAUCUUGAUAAGGAUCUAUAAAAUUUGUUAUAACGCUGACAGGAUUUUAACCUGUGACCUCAACAUUUUAUAUGACUCAUAAAAAACAGAUUUACUAUAACACAGUAAGUUGAUUAUUUUUAUAUGUCAUUUAAACUUUAUGCACAGCAAUUAUAUUUUGUAUAGUUACAUAUUAAUUAAUAUUUUUUUAUGAAUAUUAUAUCAACAUUGUAGCUUUAAUAUUACAAUGCAAUAAAUCAUUUUAAAGCAAA